AUGUUCACUUCUGAGGAGUGGUCAACAAGUGCUUGGGCAAACAAAGCAGAAGGUAAAGAAGUGAAAAACAUAAUCUUAAGACAACAAGGAUUUUGGCGUAGUGUGAUCUAUACCAUCAAGACCACAAAACCUCUUGUUGGAGUUUUGAGAUUAGUUGAUUCUGAGAAGGUGCCGGCUAUGGGAUUUAUUUAUGGUGCAAUGGAUAAAGCAAAAGAAGAAAUAGCAACAAACUUGGGAGGACAAGUGGCAGAUUACAAAGAAAUUUGGGAUAUCAUUGAUGAGAAGUGGGACUACCAGUUGCAUCAACCUUUGCAUGCAACAGCUUAUUUUUUAAAUCCACAAUUUCAGUAUGAGCCUUCCUUUUCUAUGCAUCCAGAAGUUAGAACUGGCUUGUAUAUUUGUAUGGAUAAGCUAAUUCCAAAUCGAGAAGAACGGGAUUUAGCUGACAUCCAACUUGAUCAAUUCAAGAAGAAAAGAGGAUUGUUUGGCCGCCCACAAGCACAAUCAACAUAUAAGUUGCGUUCUCCUUCUGAUUGGUGGGAAGCAUUUGGAUAUGAAACAAUGGAGCUCUCAAAAUUUGCACAAAAGGAUAGAUAUUUAAAGCAUAAAUCACUCAAUGAGAAUGAUUGUGAUCCACUUGUUUAUGAAGACAUUCCAUCCGAUAGUGAAUGGAUGAUUGGUGAUGAUGUUGAUGACAAUGAUCAUGAAAUGGAAGUGGAAGAAGAAGAAAUACAAGAAAGUUCACGUCCAUCAAAAAAGAGUAGGCCUACUAAUGACAAAGGGAAGGCACCAAUGUUGAACCAUGAAGGAAUGAGUUGGGAUGAUAUCGAAUCGGAUGAUGACAUUGAUGAUGAUGGUGAUGAGUGA